AUGGAAGUAAGGCUACAUGGCAUGUGGGCAAGCCCUUAUGUGAUUAGAGUGAUAUGGGCACUCACGCUGAAAGGCGUGGAGUACGAGUACAUCGAAGAAGAUCUCUCCAACAAGAGCAUGGCCGUCUUGGAGUACAAUCCGAUUUACAAGAAGGUUCCGGUGCUGGUUCACAACGGAAAGCCCGUCAUAGAGUCGGCUGUGAUCCUACAGUACAUUGAAGAGACAUGGCCUGAUGGGACACCCUUACUGCCAGAAGAUCCUUACGAGAGAGCCAUGGCUCGAUUUUGGAUCGAUUUCGGGCAGCAAAAGAGCCUCACGUUUUUUGCCUUCUUUCUGACUUCGGAAGAGGACAAACACAAGACAGCAGCACAAGUACUGGAAACUCUGAAAAUACUUGAAGAGGAGGCUCUAGGAGAUAAGAAAUUCUUCGGGGGAAACACUAUUAAUAUGGUGGACCUGUUUUUCGGCUGGCUCACCUACUCGUUCGGAUGCAUGGAACACAUAAGUGGAGUACAGGUUUUGCUACCCAAAAAUCUUCCUAGGCUGCACCAAUGGACUCUGGAUUUCAAACAAGAACCUGUAAUCAAAGAAAAUCUACCAGACAGCACAGCCCUGUUGGAACACUUCAAAAGGGUAACAAAGCACUUAAAAUCGAGCAACAAAUUCAAUCCUGCAUAGCUUUCAAGAAAAUAGUUACAGUAUGGAACAAACUGUGAUGUAUGUCUGAAUUCUGAUGUUAUGAUUUGUAUCAGUUCUAUCCAUGCAAGAGAAAUAAAAUAAAUUAAUUGUUAUGUGCA